AUGCCAAUCAUUAAAUUCUCCACAGGCUCUCUUCCAAUCAAUUCCAAUCUUCAAAGGGUGAUUGAAAAGAGUCUCUCCGAAGUGAAUGUUAAUAAUUUAUUUAAUUAUGGAACUCCAAAAGGAGAAGAAUUUAUUAGACAUUCCAUUGCAAAUUUGUACAAUAAUUCAAGGAGUGAAAGUGAUGAUCAAAAAAUUGUGAUGAAGAGCGAUGAUGUUUUCAUCACUACAUCGGCUCAACAGGGAUUAAAUAUUUCAUUUGCUACCUUGUUCGGAAGUGAAGUUGAGAGUGGAAAGACAAUUGUCUUGUUGCAACAACCUUGCUUUUUUGGAGUGGUGAGAUUAAUUAAAAAGUAUUGUUUGGGAAAGAGUUGGAUUGAUGUCAUUACAUUUGAGAAUAUUGAUGAAUUGUUGGAAAAGUUUAAAAAUUUUCAAAGUGCUGCUUCUGUAAAUAGAAUUGUAAUUUAUCUUUGCUCUAAUUAUCAACCAAAUUCGGGAAAUAUUUUGAGUGAAGGGGAAAAAUCUGACCUUUGUAAUCUUGUUUCGAAGAAUAUAAUUGAAACGACCAUCAUUGAAGAUAAUCCAUAUGAUUUUCUGUAUGGCACCGAGAAGAGGCCUAGUACUCUUUUUGAAAUACUUCCAGAGAAAACAACUUUAAUUGGCGGAUUUUCCAAGAUUCUUGCUCCAGGAAUUCGUGUUGGUUAUCUGAUUACAAGAAAUCAAUCAUUCAGUGGAAGAUUGUACAGAGAGAAGAUUGAUCAGGACUUGUUUACUUCUACACUGAGUCAGCAAGUUUGUGCCAAUGCUUUGCAAGAUGUAUCGUACCUGUCAGAGUGGAGAGCGUUCGUUCAAAAGAGGGUUCAAUGUACUGUUAAAUUAUUAGAAGAAAUAUUUGGUGAGGAAAAGAGGAGUGGAAAGAUUGAAUGGACUAAUAUUGAAAGUGGAAUUUUUGUCUAUUUGAGGUUUUUCAAUUCCAAUCACGAAGGAGUUGCAAGUAUCCAAAAAUUACUUGAAAUCUCCAAGAAUGAUUUUGAGCUAGAGUUAGAACCAAGUGGAUACUGCUACUUGGAUGGAUGCUCGAGAUUGGAGACUCGCAUUAAUAUUAUGCUUUGCGAGAGUGAAGAUAUUUUAAGAGAGGGCCUGGAAAGAUUAAAGAUUGCCUAUCACAAGUGGACCAUCUCUCCAAAUGAAACAACCAGCAUUCGUUCUAUAAGCACUGAAGAAGAAAAACCUAAUAAGCAAAUACUCAAGGUUGUUAUCACCUCUGGAGGAACUGCUGUUCCAAUCGAUUCAGUCAGAUAUAUCACUAACAGCUCUACAGGCACAACAGGAGCUUUAAUUGCCGAGGAAUUUGUAAAGAGGGGCCAUUUAGUUUAUUACAUUCACAGCAAGAAUGGAAAAGUUCCUUCGAAGAAAUAUCCAAACUUGAUUUUACUUCCUUACUUUACCUUUGAUGAGUAUCUUGAAGUUCUAAAACAAACCACCAUUGAAUGUAAUCCUGACGUCGUCAUUUUGAGUGCAGCUGUUAGUGAUUAUGGUGUACAACAAGCUCAUGAGGGAAAGAUUAGCUCUGAUCUCGACACUCAAACCCUUACACUUGUCAAGUUGCCAAAGAUUAUUUCCUUGGUGAAACACUGGAAUCCUAAAGUAUUUCUUGUCGGAUUCAAAUUGCUUGCUGGAGCCACUACUGAAACACUUAUUGAUACAGCUUACAAAUCUGGUAUUAGAAAUCAUUGUAACCUCACUGUUGCUAACACAACCACAAAGGAUGACAUGUCUAAUUUCGGAAAGAGAAUUAUUACCAUCAUUACACCAGAGAAGAGCGUCAUUUCCACAUCAGUGAGAGAUCUACCAAAUGCAUUGACUACUCAUGUCGAAAAGAGAGUCUCCCACAAACACUACAAAACAAUUGUUAUUCCCUCUGAUCACAAGGAUUACAUUAAUUAUGAAAAAGUUAUGGGCGAAUCCAUUCAGACCAUGUUCUCCAACAUCCAAAAAGGAUAUACUUUGGGAUUAUUUGAUAGCUAUUUUAAGGAUGAAACAAUUUCAGAUAUGAAUUCACAUUUUGGAUUUGUAGCAAUGCGUGCCCCAGAACCAUAUAGUGGCUUCUUGAUUACUUCCAGAGGAAGUGAUAAAAGUCAACCAAGUAUUAAGGAUAUUACCUACAUUUCCAAAGUUGAUUUCCAAGCAAGAACUUUGCAUGUUCAUUCAACUCAUAGACAAAAGGCCUCUCUCAAUGCUAAUGUUGCUGGAUGGUUAUUUGAGAAUAGACCGUUGGUUAAUUUGAUUUUACAUGCUCACAUCUUCCCAAGUUGUGAUAACAAGACUGAUUUUGACUAUUCACCAGGUACUCAAGAGGAUGUCGAUGCUGUAGCUAGAAAAAUGUCAAACAAUGAAAAGAUUGUGGAAAUACCAGAUCAUGGUGUCAUUUCAGUCUCUAACAGUUCAAGAAUUGAAGAGGCUAUUGAUGCACUCGGAGAAGGACACGCCUAUUUCAAGUUUGCUCACCUCUACGAUAUGAUCUAUGCAAGAUUCCAAAAGUCUACAGAUUUAAUCGAUAUCUUGGAUAGAGAAUUUGAAAAUAAGGAAAAGGUCAAGGUCUUGGAUUUGGCUUGUGGAACUGGUGAAGUUUCACGACUCAUGUACGAGAGAGGACUCAAGAAUAUUACAUUCGCCGAUCAGAGUGACAAAAUGUUGAACUAUGCCCACAAAAAAUUCAUUGAUAAUUUUGGAGAGGAGAUUUCUAAUGGAAUUUCAAAACAUGUUACUUCCAUGCAAGAUUUGAAAGUCAAUAAUGAAAAAUUCGACCUGAUUGUCAUAAGACAGGCCAUAAAUUAUGCAAUGAAUUUGGAAGGAUUGGAAAUGAUUGUUAAGAAUUGCUAUGAGCAUUUAAAUGAUGGUGGAAAAUUAAUUUUCAACACUACAAACUUUAAAUUGGAUCAGGAAGGUAAAUUUGCCAAGUUGAGGGAAUUGAAUUAUGUUGCCACAGAUGGACAUGUUGGUAUUGCUUCCACUUCAAGAAAUGAGCAAGUUCCCUUCGAUGUCUACAUUAGGGAAGGUAACUUGUUGUAUAGAGUGGAUUCUGAUAAGGGUGAGAGAAAGGAAAUUCGAAUGUUGGUUCACGCUCAACAUUGCGUUGUCGAGAGAGUCAUUGCAGAAAGUGGUGAUAACUUUAUAUUUGAUAGACAUGUUCUCUUUGAUCUCAACAAAUUUGGCAUGUUCACUCAACAGGAAAUCACCACUGAAUUACUCAAUGCUCAAUUCAAACAUGUGAAAUGUCUUGGAAAGGGUCUAAUUGAAAUCAAUGAGGAAAAUUCUAACACCUCACCUUCCCUCUACUUUGUUGCCACUAAAAAUUAAGUAAACAAACUCUUCAAAUU